AGGCAGUGAUGGUGAAACUGCAGUUCCCGGCGUGCUCCAGGCAGCCCUAGCUCGGGGCAAGGAAGUACUAAGUUUCCAGUGACAGGUCCGCGGCACAGAUUGGGAUACAAGCAGAGCAAGGAACAGUGACUUCAUCAAGACUAUAUUUGAUCAAGCUUUCCUUCGUUGUGUGCAAACAGACUAAAUUAAGACCACCGGGGAGGAAGGGAGGGUAGGUGGCUAAGUAAGUAAAGGGGAGAGGGAUAAGGGAAUGCUCAGUGUUCAGACUUGGAAGAAUGGACGAAAGGCUUGCAGCAAGAGUAUACAAUUUAAAUGCAUCUUAUCUAUGUGGCUCAAUUAGGCACGAAUUGUGCAAUAGAUCUAUGUAUCCAAGCACCAACUGUGUUCUAUACUAAUAUGCUUUACAUUCAGUGCAGUCCGAACAGAGAUAUAGAGAGAUAUAACAUAGAAACUGGUCAGCCUUGUUUGUCGCUUUAUCCUCCGCUCAACUAAGUUCCAAGUACUAGACUUUUUUUUAUAGCUUUCGAUUCUGAGGCACAGCUGUUAUUUAUUUUGACGGCGUCUCUGCGUUGGGCGCGAAUGGUACCCUUCAGCUAUUGUAAAAAGAAACGUAUUAUUUUAAUUGUCAGGACGGGUCCCAGGAUGCUGCUGUUUCGUGGGCGUUGUGGUUAGAGUAUUGAACGAAGUGGAUUUGACACUACAAUUUGAAAAAAUAUGGGUGGGGUGCAAUCCCUGGGACUGCCUCCUGCAAAAGGACCCCAUACAGUUGGCUGCACAGACAUCCUGACUGAUAACAGAAGACAGGGCAGUUUCUUUCGUUUAUAUUAUCCCUGUGAGGCCUAUGGAGAAGUGAAGCACCCACUAUGGAUUCCCCACUAUGAGUACUGCAGAGGCCUCGCAGAUUAUCUGAACAGAGAUAAGAGGUGGUGUGCCCCCCUGCUCAACAUGGCAUUCGGUUAUUAUGAAGUUCCGGUUGGAUGGGAUGCUCCUUUCAGAGCUGCAGAGAAGUACCCACUGAUUAUAUUUUCUCACGGCCUUGGGGCUUUCAGGACCGUGUACUCUGCUGUCUGCAUCGAGUUGGCAUCUCAAGGAUUUAUUGUCGCUGCAGUCGAGCACAGAGAUGAAUCGGCUUGCACAACCUUCUUUCUCAAGUCUCCUGUUGAGGAUUUGGAGCCAUCAAUUGGAGCAACAGUUGCAGUGGAGCAGCCUCUCAAGGGAUCUGGGAUUCCCCCAGCCUCCCCACCUGAGACGGAUAAAGAAUGGCUCCCCUUUAGGAAACUAGAGACAGCUGAGGAAGAUUUUGCCCUCCGGAAUAAACAGAUGUGCCAGCGAGUGGAGGAGUGUAGUCGGGCUUUGGAUGUACUUACAGAUAUUAACAAUGGGAAGCUCAUCAAAAACGGCCUUCCUGGUGGUCACUUGGAUGUCUCUGUUAUGAAGGACUGCAUUGACCUGAAGAGGGUUGCAGUGAUGGGUCACUCAUUUGGAGGCUGCACAUCAAUUCUGGCAGUCGCUAGGGAUUCACGGUUCAGGUGCGCGGUAGCCUUGGAUAGCUGGAUGUUCCCACUGACUGAUGAUAUUUAUUCCAAAGCGUUGCGUCCUGUGUUCUUUGUGAACUCUCAGAAAUUCCAGACCGAUGACAGCAUUGAUAAAAUGAAGAGGCUGCGCUCUAAUAACAAUGAGAUCAAAAUCAUCACCAUAGUAGGGUCAGUGCAUCAGAGUCAUACGGACUUCACACUACUGACUGGCCAGUUGCUAAGCUUGGCAUUCGAAACAAAGGGAACCAUAGAUCCUAUAAAGGGUCUGGACAUCACCAAUAGGGCCUCUCUGGCUUUCCUGCAGAGACAUUUGGAUCUACAAAAGGACUUUGAUCAGUGGGACGCCCUUUUGGAAGGGGUUGGAGACCAUGUGGCUCCUGUGAACUGAAUCCCAUCUUCAGGCUUAAACCAUCUUGGGGGUUUGACAAUGAAUCCAACUGAUUAUUGAUGUGAAUGCUGAUGAAAUUGUACACCGAUGACCGACUCUCCGUAGGUUAAAUACUCGGAUGUCAUGUCUGUGAUCCUGAAUGACACAUGGUGCGGCAUUGCUGUCACUAAUGCACACAGCAUUUGCCCUGAUUCUAAAUGAAUACAUUUGGUUCCCUGUAAAACAAUCUCAAUAUUCAGCAUAUGACAAGCUCCCUUUAAACAGCGCACAUGAAAUUAGAGAUAAUUGUUUUUAUUUCCUGAAUGAUGGGGGAUAGACUUUGGGCUGACUAUGGCGCAGCAGUCACUGAAUGUAAUUGGCAUUCAUUCGAUCUGAGCCUUUGCAACAAUCAGCACUUUCAGGAGCUGUGAGGAACAUAGUUUCUAUGCGUUUUCAUUGGGCUGUGGUUACAAUACUGAAAUGUAAUUGUCAAGAAUUAUUUGAAUCCAAGGAAAUGGAAAUAUUUGAAGAUUGCAAAGCAUCUCUGUGGACAAUGGCAAUACCUGCAUCUUUAAGAAAUGUAGGGAAGUCUAACCCUGCAUAAUUUUGUUUUGAAGUUAUUUUUGUGUAUUUCUCAAGUACUGUUGGGAUUUCACUGUUCUGUCCAGCAGUAACUGGCACAGCGUUAAUCAGUGCACUGUUCAUAUGUUAGAAUCAUAAAUGUUUCUAAGAAUUAAUUCAUUGUAAUUUUAAUGCUAGGAUUUCUGUAAUUCUGAUUUCAUUCUUCUAAGAAAGUCCAAUUGUGAGAAGCUAGUCUACGCUUUGAUCUGCUUAGGAGGUGCAGAAGUUGAGGAGUCUGUCACACUGUAGGUUGUUGUCUUCAGUAAUUAUGCAGCUUAACAACUUCUCAGAAAGCAUGAAAAGUCAACAACACUGAGUGGCUAAGUCAAAUGAAAAAAAGAAACCGUUUACAUUCAUUUAUAUAGAACAACUUCAUGAUAUCCCAAAAGGUUUUGAAGCCAAUUAAGUACUUUUUAAAAUGUUGUCACUGGUGCUUACGUAUCUAAUUUGUACACAACAAGAUUCCACAAAUGGCAAUGCCUAUGUUAUUUGUUUUAAUGAUAUUGAAGAAGGCCAGCUUCCAUCCCAAUAUGCUGCUCUUCCAACAGUCCUAUGUACUCAUUUACAUACAAAUCAAGUAAGCAUUGUAGGUCUACCUCCCUAAAGUGAAUUAUGUGAGAUCUUAAUGACAAUCUCGUAAAUUAGUGAUUACAUCAUUCAAUUGGGAAAUGGCUGAAGCUUUAUCAAAGAGCUACAUUUUAAGGAGUGUCUCAAAGGGGAACAGCAAGGAAGAGAGGCAGAAAGGUUCAUGGAAGGAAUUUCAGAACUCCAGAGCAGGGCCCUUGACAAGACUCAUCAAUCCUGGAAUGAAGAAAAUUGGGUAUGUGCAAAAGGCCCAUUUAUGGAGCACAGAGAUCUUAAAGGGUUGUCAGGCUUGGGAAGGUUAGAGGUGGAGAGUGAAGAGGCCAGGUAGAGAUUUAAAACAAGAUUGAGAAUUUUGAAAUUGACAAGGUUGAGAGAGUGAAUGUAGGUUAGUGAGCACAGGGUAAUAAAUGAAUGGGGCUUAGUCAAGUUGGAAUAAUUGUUGUAGCCACUGUUAGUUCAACCUACUCCAACUUAUGGGACACAGCAUAAUUCUGGAUUCCCACUCCCAGUGCUGGCUAUUUUCACGGGUGUGGGAUGAGGGUUCUGGUAGUAAACUUGCACCCUAACCUAGCUAGUUCUAGUGCAGGGGAUAGGCAUUUCCUUUGCUCAAAUUUUAUGGAGUCAAGCCAGCUUCUUGAUAACAUAUGGUUGAUGGAUUCUGAAUUCAGAAACCUUAUGAAAGGUAUGGUUAGAAAGCCUUACUGCUGUCACCUCCAUGUCUAUUCAGCCAGUGUGCAGAACAAAUGAACCAUAUAAUAACCACACUAAAUUUUGAAUUGCUUAUCAUUGAGAAAAGAAAAAUGCCCAUUCAAAAUUCUUUGUUGAAAGAAGCUGCUUUAACAACCUGAUAAAGGUGUUAAUAUGGCAGACCUAUUCUACAGUCAUAGUCAUAGAUGCAUACGGCACGGAAACAGAAUCUUCAGUCCAAUUCGUCCAAUUGAUCAGAAAUCCCAAUCUGACCUAGUCCCAUUUUCCAGCACUUGGCCCGUAUUCCUCCAAACCCUUACUAUACAUAUAACCAUCCAGCUGUCUUUUAAGUUUUGUAAUUGCACCAGCCUCCACCACUUCUGCUGGGAACUCAUUCCAUACAUGCACCUUCUGUGUGAAAAUGUUACCCCUCAGGUCCUUCUAGUUUUGGACACCCCACCUCAGAAGAAAGACGUUGGAUAUUCACUGUAUCCAUACCUAUCGUGAUUUUAUAAGCCUCUAUAAGGUCACCCUUCAGCCUCUGAUGGUCUAGGGAAAAAAGCCACAGUUUGUUCAGCUUCUUCCCAAUAAUUAAAACCCUCUGGUCCUGGCAAUGGCCUUGUAAAUCUUUUCUGCACCCACUCAAGUUUAAUAACAUCAAUAACUGAAGCUUUUACUUUACUUCACACCUGUUGAUUUUGACCACGUAAGUACAGGUAUUAAAAUAAAAAGCAAAGAAAUAUUAACUUCUAAUAACCUCAAAGUUAUCAAUAAAUCAAACACCCCAGCCUGUGAAAACUGACUCUUGUUGAGCUAAUCUGUUUUGAGUCUUGGAGCUCAGCUAUGCAUUCAUCAUAUUGCCACCUGACAAGUGUAUCAAGAAAACCAGACAUCUAUUUCUCCAGAUGACCUCAUUAUGAUUUUUUUUUGGCUGAGCUCCAGGAUUAGCUUAGCAGUGUCUGUGCUUCAUACAGGUGGGGCACAGCAUUUGAAUGAGAAGUGUGUAUGGGCCUUUAAUACAACUGGCAUUAAUGGCAGGAGAACUGAGGUAAGCUUCCUAACCAGCCAGCCUCUACAAUCAGCUACUUCUGCGGCCAUAAGAAACUGCUUUCAGUGUCAGCAGACUGAAUACAAUCAUGCACCUGCUUCGCCACAAAGAAAAUAACACAUGAAGGGGUGCAUCUAUUCGGGGAUGAGUGCCAAGCUGGGAAGUUCUGCAACUGGAUUUUUGUCCCCGUUGGUGAAAAUCCAGCCCAAUAAAACACUUCUGCACGCAAAAGAUGGUAGUAGCUUAGAAAUCUGCAAGUAACAGUUGAUACGUGAAUAGAAUGAACAGAAUUUUGUUAAUCAAAGGUAUUCAGGCAUAUGGGAGGAAAAACAGAUAUAUAAAAUUAGGUAACAUCAACCGUGGAACAUGCUAAAGGGACUAAAUUGUUAAAAUAGAAAUGUUGAUUGGGGUGGUGUUGGGGGUGAAGAUUUGGCUACUUGUAAUCUCUGGACAGGGGUAUGCUUCUUUGUCUCCAGCCUCUGUUACCUCCUGAUAGCUCACAAGCUACCUACCUGUGGUUUGAAAGUGGAUAAUGUGAAAGAGCAGUGAAUAAACCGAUUAAUUGGCAACAAUUAUUCUGCUUCCUGAGCCUGGCUGGAAUUAAUUUCAAACCUGCUCUGAAAUUUAACUGAGAAAUGAACAUGAAAUAGCAGCUAAGCAGGAGUAGGUUACAGGCUAGGAUCUAAUCAAAGGCUUUGGGUGAUUUGCACAUAAAAUAGCCUAUUGCCAUGCCAGUGACACUUGUAUUCCCAAGAAUGAAUUAUUUUUCAAAUGUUGUUUAACAGACUAGGUGUUAGGUGACUGAACAGUGGACUGCAUCAGCUCAAGUCUUUUAUCUUUUGACUGAUUCAUAAUGCAGCCUACAUUGCUGGAGGAAUUUACACCUCAUUCGAGUAUCGAGCAGACUGCCAACGUAGAAGCUAAGAAGGAUUUGAAAGAGAUGCUGGAAAUCUUGGAGCUGAGUGUAAGAUCCUGAGGGGCCUUGACAGAGUCAACGUGGAAAGGAUGUUUUUUCAUGUAGGGGAAUCUAAAUCUAGGGAUAACUAUUUAAGAAUUAGGGGUUACCAAUUUAAGACAGAUGAGUAUACUUUUCUCAGAGGAUUGUGAUUCCUUAGAACUUGUCACGAAAAAUGUGCAAUUUGUACAUAGAGUUUGGUUUUUCAGCUAGAGGCAUAUGUGAUGGUCUAGUUUUAUGAAGGGGUUUAAAAGUUAACUAUGUCAGUCUUUCAGGAACCAUGCUUUUGGACAAAUAUGUCCCUCCUGGAAUGUUAAUGGAAGAUUGGUUAUACUGUGAAGGUUUACGACCAGUGAUAGAAAAUGUAAAGUGAUUAGCUUAGCAGAGUCCAGGAUGAACACGUUUUGUUUUAAUUUAGUUCAAAAGCCUUUUAGGUAGCUUGAAGGAGACUUGACUGGGGUCAUAAGCAAGUAGAGUCUCUGUUAGGAAAACAAGAUUGUUCUUAUUAAGGAAGUAAGUUGCCUUAGUGAAAGAGUCCUGUUUGUGAAACAUCCAGACUAGAAGUGUUUGGUUAGAAAUCUGCAGAUUAUUAAAAGACUGAGAAGGUAUAGACUCUCAGUUAUGCAUUGUCAAAGGAAAAGGCCUUCCCAACUCAGAAGAUGCAGGUACGUCCAACCUAAAGAUUUGAUAAGGAAGAAAUUGCUCUGGAUUUUGAGUAAAAGGUAAAAGUCGCCAUAGGUAUGUAUACCAUAGUCUACAUAUACCAUAGGUAUGUAUGUAUAUGUGGCAACUGAACCAACACUAUCGGCAUCACUGUACAUCACAAUCAAGCCAACUGACCCACUAUUUUUGAGUAACUAUAAUAUUAUGGUGUUGAGAAGUUGAUGGGGCGUUAUGCCAUUGUUUUUAAAUCAGCCUAACGGUUAUGUGUAGAUAGCUUUGUCUGUUUUACUUUUAUUUCUUUUAUGUAAUAAAAUUCUUUGUUUAAAACCAAA